AUGACUUCGACACCGGAUUCUAAGCGACGCGACGCCCGGCCUCACAAGCGGAAGCGAGACCCGACGGACGCGGAUCGACACAUCAAGGCUCGACAAAAACGCAUGAAGAACCAGAAGAAUGAAACUGAGGGACUGCUCAGCAGUCCAAAGGCUGGCAAGGUUCGAAACGGGGAGGAUUCUCUGCCUGGAACCCCUGCGGCUCAACCAGGAACCCUAAGCCAGGGGCUCCUCCACCGUCCCACGACGACUUCCCAAUUGAAGGCCGAAGAUUCACAUGAGACGGGCUGGACGGUCUCGAAGCCUCUAGGCGGGAGGAUAGAAGAUAUUGAUCCUAUUUUGACUGCGGACGAAAGAUACCUGAUCCUGGCGUACACAACCUCUAUCCAGGUGUAUACCACUGCCGAUUCACUCCUCAUACGCCGAAUCCCCAUAAAGCCACCGCAUAAUGAUGGAUUCGCGAUAGUUGCAGCCCGCCUUUCGUCGCAGAACGCCAAUAAUAUAUGGGUCGCUUGCUCCGAUGGCCGCCUGUGGUUGAUAGACUGGACGGUUGGCUCGGUACUGCGUGAGCCGGUACUGACCAAGUCUCACACCGCUGUAGAUAUGGUAACCAUAUCCCUCAGGAUUGCAAAGAACCAGCGCGAAUUUCUAGUUGUUUCGGAGCACACGAAAGAUGGGCGGAACACCCUUGUCGCAUACAACUAUCAGAGUACGGAUGAGACCAAAGUGAGCAACGUCCUGGUAGCGUUGUCCCAUUCGGGGAAGACGAUGCAUAGCCUCAAAUCUGUCAACGAUUCGCGAGUCUUGCUGGCCGCGUCCGACACGUCUCUUAUUGUGGGCGUUGCGAGCGGCAAGUUCACCUCGUUCUCCGACCUGUCGUUCUCAUUCUACCAUUUCGAAACAAGCGAUAUCAUAACCGCACUCGACGCACGGGUUUCAGCCACAACCAAGCUACCGGCCCAGGGCCGUCGUGCGAUGAUUGAGAAGUCCAAAGCAGCUAGGAACCCAAACACGCCGAUUGUCGACGUUAUUGUCGGUGGAGCGCGGGGUCCUAUCUACUACUACAAUGAUCUGAUAGCGAAGCUGGAAGUCAUGGAUAGUGAGGAGUCUGGUCAAGAUGCCUUGGUGGCGAGGAAAUACCACUGGCACCGUCGGGCUGUCCAUGCCCUCAAGUGGUCUCGUGAUGGCAACUAUAUGAUAUCCGGAGGCUCGGAGCAGACCUUGGUAAUUUGGCAGAUGGACACGGCUAAGAUGAGCUUCUUGCCUCACCUUGCGGGAGUCGUUGAGAAUCUUGUUGUCUCUGAUAGCGGGGCGUCGUAUAUUGUUCACCUGGAUGACAAUUCAACUAUGGUCCUAUCGACUGCGGAGCUCGAACCCACGGUUUAUGUUUCGGGGAUUCAGUCCGUCACGCGUAAUUCUCGACCUUCCAAGGAUCAAUGGGUUUCUCGGGUUUCGACAGAAGGUGACAUGCCCACAUCUAUUCCAGCAGCACUUCACCCAGAAAUCCCCGACCGGCUGUAUCUUUGCGUGGGAGGCGGAAACCAGGCAACACUGUCAGGCGAUACUAUUUCGGCUCCUUUCCUUCAAACGGUUGACCUUGAGUCGUUCAGGAGUGUCUCAAAGCAGGCAAUCGCAAGGACACACCCAUCGGAUGCCAACUUCACAUCUCAAGGAGAGGCUAUCACAGAUCCGCAAGUCAGCCACAUCGCCUUCUCUCAUGAUGGAAAGUGGCUAGCCACAGUAGAUGAAUGGAAGCCGUUCCAGAAGGACGGCUUAAAUCUCAGCGAGGACCAGGAACGAACACUCUCUCGUGACAAGCGAGAGAUUUACCUGAAAUUCUGGGAAGCAGGUGGGAGCGCAGAGAAUGCCGACAGCUUUGCUCUUGUUUCGCGCAUCAACUCGCCUCACGUCACCAGCAAGCCGGAGGCAGUAUUUGACCUUGCGUCCGAUCCAACCUCGACGAGAUUUGCGACAAUCGGCAAUGAUGGUCUCGCUAGGAUCUGGCGUCCCAAGGUUCGACAACAGGAUGGCCUUGCGGUGACCAAGAAGAAUGAUGGCAAUGCCCUUCAUACGUGGUCCUGCACGCAUAUGAUUCCUCUCGGUGAUCAACUCGCUGUCGAGAGUGCUGGGGCCGCUCCAGCAGCCAAGAAUCAGGGCCGUAUUGCGUUCUCUGAGGACGGCUCUACUCUCUUUGUUGCCUACGGCUCUGCGGAUGACGGCAAUUUGUAUGUCAUUGAUGCUCGAUCCGGAGAUGUCAAGGGAGUGCUUGAUGACCUCUGGUUGGGUACCCUACGCGGCUUACACGUGCUCUCGCCAUACAUUAUCAUUCUCUCAGAUAUGCUCCAGGUCUACGAUGUGGUGGCGGACGAUCUAUGCUACGGAAUGCCUCUAACAAUCACUUCCAAGGAGCGUGGGGCCGAGGAUGCCAUCCAUAUCGGGGUGGAUUCAAAGAGCCGUCACUUUGCUUUGACGAUGCCUAUCCCAACGGGCACGGAGAUCUGCCUCUUUAGCCCCGAGAGUCCAGUCCCGGUUCUUCUCAGAAAGAUCCCUAGCUGGGUAUUAAGUCUGGUGACCAGCCCACACUCGAGUGGGUUUAUCAUCCUCGACGAUCAUGCCCAAUUGCGCACCAUCGCCGAGGGCACCGACACGGGCGCCCUUGCGGUCGCGAAGCCCCUAGAGGAGAUGCGACUUGACACAAUCGAGGUGACGGAAGGCGAUGCCAAGCCGUUGGCACUCGGCGAAAUGUUCGAGGUCAGCGACGAUGAGGAAGACGAAGAAGGAAACGCUGACGGCAUGGACGUGGACUCAGAAGACGAGGCAGCUCACCCAGCCGUUGUCAACCAGCCUCGGUUGGCGGCGAUCUUCGACGCAGCUCCCGCAUUCGCGAUGCCCGCGAUCGAGGAUGUAUUCUACAAGGUUGCCGGACUGCUCGCCACGAAGAAAGUCGAGCCGACCUCUGCAUGA